AUAGCAGAAAAUCAUGUUCCCCGGACUGAAAUUCCAGUUGUUCUCGGAUGAAUAGUUUAAUCCCCCCACGUGCACCGUUGUUGAUUUCCCCUACCAUGCAGACAACCACGUAUUGUUUAUUGUCUUAACAAAUCAUGAAAUCCAACAAAAGGAACUUUCCAUCUAGCCGCAUGCUCAGCCUGCAGCCUGCACAUAUAAAUCAUCGCCAAAGCGUUGGCUUAAUCACAUUCACCACCGCAAUCUCAUUCAAGAACACCAACAAUGGCUAGGUUUCUUGCAUGCUUCAUCUUGAUCACCGCCGCUUCCAUGUUAGCGUCGGCUGAGAGUGAAGAUAAACUAGUCAUAGCAGAAGCUCCCACCGCCGCCCGGAAACUUGGAAAGCAUACGCUUUUGCAAGGGAAGAUGAGUGCGAGGUCGAGACGGCUAAGCCCCGCAGAGUCCCCUUAUAAGGCUGAAGAAAACGGGGUGUUUUCAGGCGAAGUGAGCGCCUCGGGGGAGGAAACUGGAGGUGAAGAGGUGAUGAGAAGCAACCACCACCACCACCACUCCAUCGAUAAAUCGGUUGCAGGUGGUGGGGUGAUUCUUGGGGGAUUAGCCACCACGUUUCUGGUGGCUGUUUUCUGCUACAUCCGUGCUACUGGAAGUUGAGCUGUGGAGCCUGGCUCCCCUACUAAUUCAGACUCAUCUCUUGGGAGGAACAAUGGGGAGCCUGCAGCUUCUCCUACUCAUUAUUCACUCACUAUUAGCAACCAAAAGUGAAAUCAAAUGAAAGGGGAUUAUGAAUAUCAAGUACAUAUAUUUAGUACAGAAUUAUGAAAAAUUCUUAUUCAAAUUAUAGUUG